GCAAGGAUUACAGAAAGAUUAUUGCAUAUCAGACAGAAUUAUCUACCGUUUACAAAGGUGCUAGAAUAUGAGAAUCUUACACUGGCUGCCGGUACAGACCGGAAUCUCUAGCUCGAGGAUAACUAAACAGUUACCCGAGAGCUACAGAUUCUUGUUAGUAACGGGCGCCAGUGUUUGAUAUAAGAAUCUUCCACUGACUGCCAUUACCGCUGUAAUAUUCUUAUAGUAUAAACAUGAAGAAAAAGGAAAUGGGUCGAAUUUUUAAUUCUAAAAAUGGCAGAACAGACAUAAACACAUGGGACAUAGGAAUUUUAAGCAAAAUCAUUUUACAGCUAUGUAGAGGUAAAACACUCGCGGACGAAUUGGAUAACAUAAGAAUUCUAAAGUCAUUAAGAAAUGAACUGGCUCAUUCUGGAUCUUUAACGAUAAGUGAUGAAUAUGUCAAACAGUGGAAACGUAUUGGAAGUAUUUUGACGGAACUGUGUAAAAACCUUAACAGAUCUAUCCGCGACGAGUGUCAAAACCUUAUUGAAAAUUGUAAAUUUGGUCUGAUUAAUGGACAAGAAACACUGCACAUGUUGGGAAGCAUAAGUCAAUACAUAACAAAAUUUCAGAACAGCUGGCAAUUCUGACAAGAAGAGUUGAACAGUUAACAGAGCAGGGAGUCAAGAAAGAAAAGGGCAUCAUCAUUAUGAAAGAAAUAAAAGAUCUUCGACAAGUGGUGGAACAAUGCAUAAGUGAAAGGCAUGCUACAUGUCGAACAAUAACAGUGCUCGAGGCUAGGCUGUCUAUCAGGGGAGAUAAUACCCAGCUGACGGAAUUAGCAGAUGAAAUUCUGGUUAGGGUGUUUAGAAAAGCAAGCAAAAGAACACCGGUACCUGAAGACGAGACACAACUUUACGCUACCAUAGAGAACGACUUACAGAAGCCAAAUAUAAAGUCAUAUGCUUGACGCAAGUAAUAUUUACAACAUGUAUUUAUUAUUAUCACACUCACUCGACAUUGAAAAUGCUUCAUUGUUGGGCGAGAUUGUUGAGCUGUUAGAUAUGGGUCGAGAUGCUGAGGUGAUUAUGCUGAUUGGACAGAGCGGGGCAGAUAAAAGUGUGAUGCUCAAUACCGUCCACAGGGUGUUAACUGGAGAAAAUUUCACCUUGGCAAGACAAGGAACCGGUUAUUUGCAGUCUGUUACCCUUGACUUUGAAAGAUAUUACAACUGUGGUGUUUACCUGAAGACUUUCCGAGAUGAUUCAAGGAGAGGAAAGAUUGAUGCAAUUUUACACAAACUGCCACAUAUAGUUGAUUGUGCUGGCCUGGGAGAUGAUGACUCACCGGAAUUACGUGAAAUAUUAGAACUUCUUGUAGGAAGUUUCAUACCAAAAGGUACAAACAUUGCGGCAUUGCAGUCUAAACAGGAACAAUUCGGUGUGGGAUUUCUGAAGAGGGUAUUUCAGAAGUCGAACCCUGCUGCCAGGGUGACAAAGGUUGCAUUUAUACAAAGCGGUAGAGAUGCAAUACCAAGAAACUUGAUAAAAUGUUUGAACGAAGUCCUCUCAAUAACAGACCCUGCAACCUUGAAAAGAAAAUGUGAGUUAACUUAACUGAUACUAUUUUUACUCCCACUGACUAUCAAACAUUAAUUCACAUUAUACCAUAUUAUACUUUUCUGAACCAUAUUGGGAGAAAGUACCUUGUCCAGCUUUUGAAAUUUUGCAUCGUAACAUUGCUGUGAUGGGAAAAAUAGUUUGUACCUUUUGAAACCUCUUUUCUGCACCUUUGGCAUAGUAUUUUGAAACUGUGCAAAAUAGUUUAUUCAAGCCAAUGCAAAUACCAUUCAUAGCAUACAUUAAAAUUUGACAAUGAAAUGUUAGGAAACAUCUUUGUGAUAGCAUAUUCGAAAUAAAUCCAGCAAAUGUGCCAGUUUUUAUAUCGAGCAUUUCAGUUUAAUUGGGAUUGUUUCAAAGAUUGGUAAAAAUAAACACGUUUGGCAUUGGGAAUGGGUCUGGAAAUCUGACCAGUGUAGACACUUGGGAAAGACAUGAUACAACAUUAAGAAGAUUUCAUUGGUAAUGACAGCAGUGCGAUUUCAAUAAUACUGAUUGAAGAAAGCGUGAACUAGAAAGCUUACUUCAGCUCGUACGGGCAAUAUGUUGAUUAAAGAUACGUAAAUAACUUUUGUGUUCAUAAUCAAUCUGUUGUAAAUGUUCUACUUUACAACACAAGCCUUACCAUUUGCUAUAAUCAUAUUUUUAUAUAAAAACUAUAGUUUUUCAGAAUUUUACUCGAACAAUGUUAUGAAGCUUAUAAAAGAAAUUUAAUUGCAAGCAAUGUUAUAUUAUCAAUUCAUAGACACAUUAAAUUAAUUACAUGAAGUAUGAUUUACUUCAGACACUGCAGAAGUGUUUCUACUGAUAUCAAAGUUUGACUUGGUUCGUGACCCCUCUGUUAAUAUUUCAACCGGAAGUGACCCUCUAUACAUAUCUUAAUCGGAAGUGACGAAGACUGUAAAAAAGGAAAUCGAACUCGCUGGCGAGCUUAAUAUUAUCGGAGCAUCUGAAGCUAACCGCAUUCGUUGGACAAGUUAUACGGAUAUGAUUCAAGAUAGAGACAUAGAGAAUAAAGCCCUUGAGUUUCUUAAACGAAUCGUCGGUCCCAUGAAGAUUUUUGAACUGUGCAUGUUUAGAUUAACGAACAUAUCAAGCGGUUUUUCUUACAAAAUAUGCAGUUAAAUAUAACUCCAGCUUUGUUUGUCACCGCUGUUGUGUUCGUGGUGGUAAGUGCAGUUCUAUACAGACUACUGAUGGCCAGUGUUUAAGCGGAUAAGUCAAGAUACCUUCUGCUUACUUCGUCUGACUUUGUCAUUUUUUUUUGUAUCUU